AAAAAAAAAAAAAGAUAAAGAACAAGUUAUUGAAAAUUUCGUGGAUCGAAAACUUUUUUGAGGUUAGAAAACGAACAGAACGUACUCCGUAAAGAUAUGUAUCGAUAUAUCAUCUUUCGAAUAACGUUCUAAGCUUAACGAGAACGAAAAACGUGCUGAACUUUAACUUUCAAAAACGUCCUCGAUGUUUAGAAGUUAAAAUCCAAUUAACAUGCAUAUUAUAACUCUUUCUGUCUCUCUCUCUCUCUCUCUCUCUCUCUCUCUUUUUUAUUCUCUCUUCUAUCAUGAUUACGCUUUGAAAUUUUUCAGUUGAUUUUUCUUAUUACGACAUGACGAUAUUUCGUCGUUGUAAACGAACGAUUCAAUAGGUAAUCAAAAAAUAUCUCCGUAGUAAUGUGUGUACGUGUACGAAUCCCAAAAGUGCGAUCAUGCGAAAAAUGGGGAUUCCAAGUAGAUAAUAAUAACGCGACUCGUGACGCUUGAUAAGAGAAAAUACACCGAAGGUAUAAUAAACUUAAACAUUUUCACACGAACAACUUCAAUAAUCGCUUAUCUCCGACACGAAUUACGAACUUGUGAAAUGGGAUUGAUCGAUUCGUUUUAUUUGAAAGAAAGAAAGAAAGAAAGAAUGAAAGAAAAAGAAAGGAAAAAAAAAAAGAAAAGAAACAUUGCGAUAAUGUAGAACGAUUCAGCGUAAUUUUUGGCUAAUUUUAUCGUCCUCGUGUAGCGAGAUACACGAUAUCUCUCGACUUUAAAUAUUUCGGCUUUCUUAAGGGAAAAAAAAAAAAAUUCAAAAUACAUUCUACACAUUUCACGUUAUUUAUAAAUUAUUAAACUAUCGCUUGUGUAAGAAGCUAACCAAGAAGUGUUUGACGAUCGUCGAAGAUGUUUGUCACGUUAAUCGAUUAAUAUCGAUAUUGAUAAUAUUUCAACUGUGAAUUCUUGUACUUCUUAACUACGGUCGGUAAGGAAGUUAGCUUGAAAUUUUCAUGAAUUUUUAAGAUAUUUCUCAUAUAACGUUAAUUAACUUUACUCAUUCUCUAAUAUUAAACGCUUCCAAUCUUAAACGCUUAAACAAUUUGGCAAAUCUCCCAUCGAGAGGAGUAAUGUAUUUGUUGAAAAAAAAUAGUUGAGAAGGAUUUCUUCGAUCGUUGAUUAUGUACAGCUUAGAUAAGAAAAAAAAGGCAACAAACAUUUUCGUCGAUACGACGGCAUUAUCACGUAAAACUAGAUUAGCUACGCACAAAACGCUGCAGUAUACAUAUAUUACAAGAAUGUAAGAAGAAAAAACAAUUGUAAUGUUUAAACGAGCAGUAUCGUGUAUGUAAUCUGUUUGUGUAUAAAAAAUAAAUAUCCAUUAAAUGUAUUAUCUAAGGGCACGUUGAUUAUAAAAUUACGUGUCAAAAUUGAACUGCUUAUAUACGGAAACAUUUGUUUUUGCUUCUUUUUUUCUUUUUAAAAUGCAGACUGGAUUAUUAUAACGAAGUAGUAUAUUAUUCGCAAAAUUACCGUUAGAUGGUGCUUCAAACGCUUCCAAAGUAUCAAUAAUGCAGUUUUUCAACGAAACGUGUCGAUGUUUAUAUAUGUUGUUUAAAUGUCGUGCAUGUGAUUCUAAGUACAUUAACGUUUCAUGUAAAUAAUUUAAUAGCCUUAGUAUAUACAUACACUUAUAUUCACUACUUUUGCUAUUAUAAAAAAAGCGAUAAAAUGGGUAAAAGAUAUUACUGCGAUUAUUGCGAUAGAUCGUUUAAGGACGAUCCAGAAGCCAGGAGAAAACACCUCUCUAGUUUACAGCAUGCCAAAAAUCGAGCAGAUCAUUAUAGUUUUUACAAAGAUCCUGAAACAAUAUUGCAAGAAGAACAAGGAAAAAUACCUUGCAAAAGGUAUAUGAGCAGUGGUGAUUGUGCUUUCGGAAGUAGUUGCAAGUUUUCUCAUUACGCACCGCCCUUGAUAUGGGAACUUCAACGUAUCGUUGCAGUUAAACAAAUGGCAGCAUCACACUUCAAACCGCAAGGUGGAUGGCCCAAUUCAGAUGACAUAGUUAAAGAAUUUUUUGUAGAUAUUACCAAUCCGGAUACAACAGAAGAAUUUACUUAUCCUAUAUGGGAUGUACCACCAGAAUUACAUAAUUAUCCAAACUUACCACCGUCAUUAUGGCCUGUCACACCGGAAAGCGUUACCGAUUCCAAUUUUGAACAGUGGAGUUAAAAAUGUAAAUAGCUCUCACGCUCUGCUUCCAAUACAUUGUAUAUACGCGAUAACAUAUUAAUUUAAGCGAAACAAGUUUACGUAAACAAGAUAAAAUAAAAAUUAAUUUCACUUCAACAAGAAUAAUCACCGUCAUAAAUCUCAUAUUAAAGGAUUAUUAUAAAACGAAAUAUAAGUAAUUAUUAAUAA